UUUGUCAAAAACAACAUGCCCGACACCAAGAAGCCGAAGGUGCCGGAAAGCCUUCUGAAGAAAAGAAAUCUAAAUGCAAAAAUACGUGAGAGUAAAGUCAAGGCUGCAUUAAAACAGAAAAAGGCUUUCAAAGCCAAUCGGAAGGUCAUCUUCAAGCGAGCGGAGAAAUAUGCCAAGGAAUACCGUGUGAAGGAGCGAGAGAUGAUUCGCAUGUAUCGCAUGGCGAAGAAAGCCAACAACUUCUACGUUCCUCACGAGCCCAAGCUGGCGUUUGUGAUGCGAAUCAGAGGUAUCAACGGCGUUCAUCCUCGGCCGAGAAAAGUCUUACAGCUGUUCCGCCUGCGCCAGAUCAACAACGGCGUCUUCAUGAAGCUGAACCGCGCCACGUUACAGAUGCUGAAGAUCGCUGAGCCAUACAUCACGUGGGGAAUUCCCAACUUGAAGAGCGUGCGAGAAUUGAUCUACAAGAGAGGUUACGGUAAAGUGCACCACCAACGUAUACCCCUCACAGACAAUGCCAUCAUUGAGAAACAGCUCGGUCAUUGUAACAUCAUCUGUAUGGAGGAUUUGAUCCACGAGAUUUUCACGGUCGGCCCUCACUUCAAGGAAGCGGCCAACUUUCUGUGGUACUUCAAACUGAACACGCCAAACGGGGGCUGGCGCCGGAAGUACAACCAUUUUAACGAUGGCGGUGACUGCGGAUUCAGAGACGACAAAAUCAACACUCUCCUCAAGAGAAUGAUUUAAACGUUGACACACAUGGACAUUAAUAAAUUACGGGAAAGAAAA